AUGGAUACUCCAAAUACUCCAAGUACACCCCAAUCGCGCUCUGCCGCAUACCAGAUCCUCAAACCCAUCACACCAUCGCAAAUUCCCCUCCCCUCCACCCCAACCCCAAUCUCAACCCCAAUUCCAACCACAACCACAACCUCAACCCCCAUCCUAAACACACCAUCUUCCAUCGCAGCGAAGAUUCCUCUCCCGGAGACACCGACGCCUGCCGCAGCCGCAACUUCUGAGAGAAAGACGGACGAUGGAUUUUCGGUUUCGGUUUCUCCUGAGACUAGCGAGGUUCUCGAGGUUCCCGAGGUUCCUGGCGUUUCUUCUGCAGUCCCCACCAAUCCUACCAAUCUCACCAAUCCCCCCUCUCACCUUCCCCACAACCCUCUCAGCAACCCUCUCAGCAACCCUCUCAGCAAAUCCCCAAGCUCACCCCUCAGCACACCCCUCAGCACCCCCACCCCCGAAAUCUCGCCCCUAAAACUCGCUUCUGCUUCUUUCUCCUCUUCUCGAUCUCAAUCUCAAUCUCAACCUCAGCAAAGAGACAAGUAG